AUGCCCUCAAUCUACGAAGCGCUCAACUUUCUCGCGCUCGCCGGCCUCACAGCUGCAGUGCCUCUCAAGGAAGCCGGCUCCAAGCUGCUCAAGCGCGAUACGCUACCUGACUAUGCUAUUAAAUAUGCACCGCUGUCGUACCUCUAUAGUGCCGAGAAGUGGUUCCCAUCCGAUAUCACAACACAUCUGGCCAAUGUUCAGCCCGAGGUGAAUUUCGUCGCUAGCGGGACUAACGGGUCAGUCACUCUCAAUACGCUGGAUACGUACGCUUCGGAUGUCUAUCUGACUGCCUCUGACGGACCCAUUCUGAACCCAUUGGAUGACACCCCGGCUUGGCUUCUCUCGGAGUACGGUAUUCCCAAUAGCGAUGGCCUCAGCGCCGCUCCAGGUCUCAUUAUUGCCGCAGAGAAGAACAGUACCACGACCGAUGUAUUCUAUUUCUACUUUUAUUCGUACAACUACGGUGGAAAAGUUUUGGACAUCAACUUUGAUGACCACGUCGGUGACUGGGAGCACGUUAUGAUUCGUUUCGUUGAUGAAGUACCAUACGCCAUCUAUUGUUCCGAGCAUAGCGCCGGAUCAGCCUACUACUGGGAUGUGGUAGACUUUUCAGGAGACCGCCCCAUCACCUACAUUGCGUACGGCGGACAUGCCAACUACGUGACCGCAGGCACCCAAGACUACACUAUCGCGCUGGGCAUUGUUUCUGACAAAACUGACGCUGGCUAUCUGUGGGAUAUGACGCUCAACUACCGAGGCUACUUGUAUGACGUGGACUCGAGUACAUUCACCGUCACGUCUGGGACUGGAACUGGAGCUACUGAGGAGGCAGGUGAAACGGCCGACUGGUUGAACUGGCUAGGCUACUGGGGCGAUGAGGAGUAUCCAGACGGGCUCCUUGAUGACGUCGAGACCGCGCAGUACUGUAUCUCGUCCGAGUGCCACUACACAAGUGGGCCGACUGGGCCGGUGGAUAAGAACCUCGAGCGGACGGCUAUGUGCGAGAAUGAGGAUGACUGUACCAUUUUUGAUAACAUCUCAGAUCUGACUACACAAUCCUAG